AUUCAUUUAUAUAAACUAUUUCCCAUGAAUUCAGGCACAAUGCAUUAGAUUACAAUCCUAUAGAUUUCGUAAUUUUUUUUCCGGUUUCGUCAACACUCAACUCUGACUCAGGUUUAGCUUCACAAGUCACGACAUCCAAAACAGAGGCAGCGUCAUGGUUCCGUGAUAUUAUUUUGUUUUAGCAGACGCUCCAUAGAUUUUGUUCACCUACCUGUAAACUUUGUAUUUUCCGUAAGAUAUCAUUACAUUAGUUUAUUACGUGAAAGGGCGCUGAUGAGAUAGUUCUGUUCUAUACGUUAUCUUGAAAUUUGUUUUUAUCUGUCAGUGUGUUUCCGCCCACCAUCGAAUAUUCCUUUUGAAACACGCCAUUUUUCUCUGACGAAAGAAAGAACAAGCAAAUAUGGCUGCUACGUCCAUAGCAAAUCCGCAAAUGCCUCUUUUGACACCUAUCCCAGGUGGUUUCAUGCAUGGGAAAAUCGUAAGAAUUCAAGGCUCACUAAGUCCCUCAGCCCAACGUUUUGCUAUAAAUCUCCAGUGUGGACCCAAUACAAAUCCACGUGAUGAUUUGGCUUUACAUGUGAACGCAAGAAUCCAUGAGCGCGCUGUUGUCAGGAAUUCUCUCGUCAGUGGUCAAUGGGGACCCGAAGAGCGACACGGUCCCACAUUUCCAUUUGUGCCUGGACAAGGAUUUGAAAUACUAAUUUUGGCAGAAUCCAAUAACUAUAAGAUUGCUAUCAACGGUCAACAUUUUGCAGAAUUUCGCUCUAGAACUCCAAUGGAGCGUGUUUCAUAUUUAUCGGCCGAUGGUGAAAUAAUGAUAGCUAAGAUAAACUUUGAAGGGGGUAGUCAUGGGAUGCCAGGUAUGCACGCUCCGAUGCCCGCUCCGAUGCCCAUGCCCAUGCCAGGAAUGCCUCAACAACACUAUCCUGCUCCCGGGAUGCCCCAUCAACCUUAUCCCGCUCCAGGGGGAAUGUAUCCGACGCAACCAGGCAUGGGCUAUCCAACGCAACCGGGCAUGGGCUAUCCAACGCAACCAGGCAUGGGCUAUUCAACGCAACCUGGAAUGCAUCCAGCUAAUUAUGGACAUCUUUCUCCAAAAUCAGCCCCCUAUCCUGAUCCCUACGCGCCCAAUCCUGAUCCGUACGCGCAGUACCCGAAUCAACCUGCUCACGGCGGUAGUGCCGGUUCGGGCUCAGGAUUGAGCGGUUUGAUAAAUAAGGCUUCCACAGCUGUCGCUGGCCUUGGACUGGCAUCUGGAGUAACUGGAAUAUUGGGAUCUCUUGCCGGAGGAGGACAUCGCAGCAGUGGUUAUCCCGCUGCAGGUUAUCCUACGGGUUAUCCGGGUCAACAACCGGGAUUCAUGAAUCAAGGAAGUGGAGGGGGCGGACUUCUCGGUGGUCUUGGUACCGCAAUGGGUGCGGCUGCUUUGGGAACUGCUUUACUCAAUCCCAAAAAAGCUGCCAAGAAACAACAUAAAGCACAAAAGAAGGCGAUGAAAUACGGGAUCCCGCUAGCUGCAGUGGGGGCAAAAAAUAUUGACAAAAUGGGCUUGUGCAAAUGUCCUAAACGAAAAGUAACGAAUCAGUUUUGCUUUGAACACCGAGUCAAUGUAUGCGAAUCAUGUAUGGUAUCAAAUCAUCCUAAGUGUGUUGUCCAAUCAUAUUGCCAAUGGCUAAAAGAUAGUGACUACUGUUCUACUUGUACACUGUGUUCCACAGAUUUGUCACAAGAUGAUUGCAUCCGACUCAUCUGCUACCAUGUAUUUCAUUUGAAAUGCUUGGAUGCUUACUGUAGACAGUACCCAGUUAACACUGCACCUGCAGGAUAUGUGUGUCCCUCACCCUGCUCCCAUCCAAUUUUUCCAGCAUCCAAUCUUGUUUCUCCAGUUGCCGAUGUAAUGCGAUCGGUCCUUGCUAAUCGACCAUGGGCCAGAGAAGGACUAGGUCUACCUCUGCUGCCAUAUGACAAUGCAGUUGAUUCAAACCAACCAGAAAUUCACCAAGCUAAGAUUGUUGCUGUUCAGAAAGAAGUAACUAAUUACAGUGUAGUCAAUGUUGAGGGAGAUAUUUCGAACACAAUUCACCGCAAUGAACCUAUAAUUCAUGCCAAACGUCCAAUCGGGUUGCUUGCCGACUCGGAUCGUGACGAAAGUAUUAAUAAGUAUAAACGUCGUCCACCGUGGGAAUCUUUUAAACGUAUGCUCAGCAAUUUACUGGACCCUCACUCCAGAAAUCGCCAACGUGGUCAUCUUCGUCGACGCUACGCCUUAAUGUUGGUUAUAGCUGUCUUUGUUCUAUUAUUCAUUUUUGCCAUUGGCUCAAGAAUAUUUAACAGCCCGGUGGAUCUUGAACCGCUAGAUGCACCAUUUAAUCAUAGAGUUGCAUCGAACUAAUGAAUUAAUAAAACCAACAAAUUUUUAUUAAAUAAUACUUUGUCGUUCGUAAAAUUACGUUGGCAUAUAAUUCCCAACCAUGUUAAUUUUCCAUAUUUUCUGCUUACAUUAAUUUGAUACUGUGUAAGUGUAUAUGUAUAUGACAUUCUAUUAAUUAAAGGUACAGAAAUCGGCUAUUGGA